GCUAGCGUUCGUUCCUGGGUGCGUUGUGCAUCCACCUCCCUGCAGCACAUACUCCGUCUCCACAGCUUUAUCAAGAAACCACAUCUGACUGGACUGAAACAUAGACUGUAUAUAUAAGGACUGAACUCACAAAUUUUGUCUCUCCGAAUCUCAACAUUUCCCACAGUUUUCGACAGCAUUCGAAUGCAGCAGCUGAGCCGUUUGAGCGCCAAACGAUGUGGUUCCAAUACAGUAGGUGGCAGUAAUGCACCUUUAACGCUGGUCUAUUUGUCUAUGUUCUGAUUGAUAUAUACAGUCUAUGGUCACAACCGUCACAACCCGCCUUUAAAGCGUAAAAAGAAGAAGAAGAAGAAGAAGAAGAAAAAGAAGAAGAAGAAAAAAAGCAGGAAAAAAGCGCCAAACGAAGUGUAGCAUUAAUAGUUUUUAAGAAAUAAAGAUAAAGAAAUCAGGCUGGCUGGAGAAUCAAUAUAAAUAUCCUGAAGGCUAUUGAUUUUUCUAAAGAGAGAGGAGGACUGUGGCUAUGUUUAAAAACAAGUCUGCCUGGUUUUCAAGCAGUGUGCCACAGACAUGUCACAACUUUUGGAGGCUGGAGGGUGGGAGCAUUGCUGGUUGCAGAACAGCAGAUUACCUUUUCAGUGAGGAUGCUACAUGUGCAGAUACUAUGAGGAUAUUUGAGAGCAAAGACUAUCUUUGGAACAAGGUGGCGGUUUUUCACAGCUUGUUUCUGUCUGCCUGUGAGAGGCGCCAGAGUGUGAAGUCUGUGUGCAUCGGUCAUUAUGUGCUGCCUCCAGCCUCAGUACAGGACGAGGUGAGACAGGUGGUCGGUAGAUUGAUUUGGGAGUUUGAAGAUGAGCAGUCAGUGGCACAGGGUUUUAGUAGCCAGACAGAAGAUGAGUGCAGUGAAGUCAGCAAAAGCAACUCUGGACCAUCUGAUACGGAGUCAGAAAGUGAAGCUCCCCAAAGUGUUCAUUGUCCAGUAACUGACAUGCACUCAGGUUACAUCAGUAUGGACAACCUCCAGAAAUAUUCAGGCGAUCUGUGUGAUUUCCAUUCUGGAUCUCUCCGAUGCUCCCACUGUAAAGGCCACUGCUGCCCGCUGCACACAUAAGCAGAAAUGCAUGAGAAAAGCAUGUUAAAGGAAAUAGAGUAGCUAAUGUCCUGUCAAAUGAGCACUGUGUAAGCAAUAAGGAUGAAUACACCGGCUUAAAAAUAAAUCAGUGUCACAUGUGUUAUUCUCAUCUCAUUGUAAAGAUGUU